UUUGACAGCAUAGAGAGCGCACUGGAAGCCCUGAGCCACGGGCAGAUGAUUGUGGUGCUCGAUGAUGAGAAGCGGGAGAAUGAGGGAGAUCUCAUCAUGGCUGCAGACAAGAUUACGCCGGCUGAUGUGGAGUUUUUGCGGAAACACACGAGUGGCUACAUCUGCGUGGGAAUGGAGGGGACUGUUCUGGACCGCUUGGAGCUUCCUCUCAUGGUUUCAUCGGCUGAGAACGAUGAGGCCAUGUACACUGCCUUCACUGUGACGGUGGAUGCGCGGGAGGGCAUAAGCACGGGAAUCAGCGCGGAGGACCGCGCUCGCACGCUGAGGCUGCUGGCCGAUCCGGCCGCCUCUGCCGCCGACUUCCGCCGGCCGGGCCACAUCAACCCGCUCAGGAGCCAGCCAGGCGGAGUGCUGACGAGGCCAGGGCACACCGAGGCCGCAGUGGACAUGUGCCGCCUUGCCGGCUGCCAGCCUGCAGGCGCGCUAUGCGAGAUCGUGAACCCGGAGGACGGCUCGAUGUCGCGCACACCGGAGCUGCUCGAGUUUGCCGCGCGCCACGGCCUCCGCUGCAUCACCAUCGCCGAGCUCGUCCGCUACCGCAUGCAGCAUGACGGCUAUCAGGCAACGGCCACCAAUGGCGCCGCGUCCUUGUGAGGGGCUACCUGCUGCUCGAUCUGACUGCUAGCCGUCUGCAGCAUGUGGAACUGCCGUGUGCGGGAGCGGACCCUGCCUUCUGCUGGCAGCAGCUAGUGGCAUUGUCAAUAUUGCCUUACACAUGAGCACUCAACCAGAAGCGCAAUCUGAUGGCCUGCGGCUGGAGGUGCCAGUAACUCUCCUGUAUU